AUGCACCUCCAUGAAGGGAAUGAACUCCAGGUCAGUGAAGCUACUGCAAAGCAGAAACCAAAAGUCGAAUUUUGUUUUGUCAUAAAUGCAGGUCUACGUCGCUACUUUUUACAAGCCAAUGAUAAAAAUGAUUUACUCGACUGGGUUGAUGCCUUAAACAAGUCCUGCAAAAUUACAGUGCCAAAGGGUAAUGCAAAUGACCCACAACCCAGUGCUGAGCCAAAAAGACCAACAACAGAAGGCCAGAAGCAGCAGAUCCCAUACAAGACUGAAAUCAUUGGAGGGGUAGUGGUGCAGACACCCAUCAGUCAGGUGAAUGGGGGCGAAAAUCAAGAAGCUGCUGAAUGGGCUACACAUGGUGGCUUGAAACGUUCCUUAAGUCACAUUCCAGUGUCCGGAAACAAGCAAACAUUAGGACCUCAGGUUUUGAAAAGUGGGUUCUGUGUGAAACAGGGCAUUGUGAGAAAAAGCUGGAAGAGGAGAUACUUCACACUGGAUGAAAAUUUUUUCAGUUACUUCAAGUGUGAAUUGGAAAAAGAACCACUUCGAGCAAUACCACUUAAGGACAUACAAAAAGCUCAGAACUGUAGUUGCAGUCAAGCACUGAUGAGGGACAAUCUGUUUGAAAUAGUCACAACAUCUCGAACUUUCUACAUUCAGGCAGAUAGCCCUGAAGAAAUGGAAAGCUGGAUGAAAGCCAUCAAUCAGGCAAUCAAGGCGCUCAAGUGUUCGAGCAAUCCCACAGCUCCGGUUCAAUCCGCUUUCAUCAGCGGAACCUCUUCAUCGCAUCCACUUGAUUCCCUGACUGCAUCGAAUCCAUCCUCUUCAGUGUCGUUAUGGCCUCAGUUCAGUUCCAAGCCCCAAGGAGAAGAAAAACGACCUGUCUCCAAGUCUACCUCCGUGGUAUCGUCAUGGCAGCCAUGGACCCCUGUGCCAGGUGCUGGUGAGCCACCUAUGUCUCCAGUAGAGGAGGUGGGCAGGAAUGAGAGUGCCCUGAAAGCACCAUCUGAAGUAUGCAAACCACAGCUGCCAAUGAAGGAAGAUGUGAAUGGUCAGGGGAAGCGCCGCAGACACAGGUCACAACCAGCACCCAAAAAGGAGCAUCAAUUUCAGUACAACCUUGAUGAUGAUGGCAUCCGAACAACAGAUGUUUAAUGACAGUAAACUUGUCUUUUCCCAUUGUUUGUUUUAUCUAGGAUUAGUGACUCAAAUAGUUUUCGUUUCGGAUAAAAGUGCCUGCUUGUAAACAGCUUAGCUUGCCAGUGUCCUUGCUGAAGCUUCAUUACUGAGUUAAGUCAGGAAACAAUGUUGGAGACUGAAGGCUCAAGAAGGGCAGCAAUGUCAUAUUUUUGUUUGGCUGCUCUUUACAUUUUCCAUUCUUACUUGAUCCAACAGGAUAACAGCAUGGCUGAGCUCUGGUAACUGAAACGCAAACCACCAAAGGGCCCAGUACAACCUAGCACAGCCAAUGGGUCUCUGUGAUACACUGAUGAUGAGGAAUGUAUUAAAAUUAGUGCAAUUUUUACAUUCCUGAGGUGUAGCUGAGCCCUUUAUGCACAUUUGUCACUGAAACACUGGAAAACACAGAAGCACAGACAUAUGCUGCGACUUUCCAGCCAUUGAGGAAAACGGAAUUUGGAUUCUGCAUUCCUUAAUUGUGUCAAUUAACUGUGUUAUUUGCAGUUCUAAAAUCUCUGUUGCUGCCUUUCUGCAAAUGGACAUGGGUCAACUUCUCAAGGAAGAAGUGCAUCAAGAAAAGAGCUGUUCCAGUCCCAAAAUCAUCAUGUCCUAUACCUGCUAUUUCCUUCCUCAGGCAAGGCACUGGACCAGCAUUUGUUUUGGCCUAGUGUUCCCUGCACUGUUCCUCCAGAAGCAUUUCUAAUUUACUGAUCAGUGGGCCUUGUCCUCCCACUUUUCUACAGAGUCCAUCACUGACAUUGCAAAUGAAAACAGCUCCAAAGUGUCUCAACAAACUGUGUGACUCAGUUCAGUAAUCUCUCCAGGUUAGAGAGCCCAGCCAGUGAAAAAUUGCAGUAACGCACAAUCAGCUGGAAGGCUAAUACUUAAUUCCAUUCUGAACUAAUUUGUGCUCUUUGGGGCAAGUUUGUUUGCAUAAGAAAGAUCAAGUCGGGAACUAAAAGAGCCAGAAUUAUCUCUUUGUUGUUUACUGCCUUUGAGGAGGAUAGCAUGGAUGUCAAGAGAAGUUGAGGCAGUGAGAAUUAUAAAACAAAGUUUGACAGUAGAUUAUAUUCAGGAUGAGGAAACGGUUUGUCCAGAUUCAAAUUGCUGACCUUGCUGGGAUACACUCAAGUGAGGAAUGUCAAGUAUGGUUUGGACCUUGUCAUGGCCCAGAGAAUAACUAUCCUGCCAAUGAUUUCUGCUGAGGUUUGCACAUCAACAGUCCUCGGCAGGAUGAGGCACUGUUAAAUUCCUAACUUUGUACCUCAGCAAAGGGUUUCCAGGAAAAGAGGGCAGAGAAUCAGAUUUGAGAAAGGAAAUAAAAGUAAACAUUGUGUAGAUUAAUGACUGACUUUACUAGAGAUGACAGAAUGCUGGUUUCAUGCUGAUCUUUCAACUUGGUGGGCUUUAUUGAAUAAAGAACUUUACAGUACAGAA